AUGAUACAACUUGAAUCCAACGACAUAUUUCCUAUUUGUAAGGAGGCACCAAAGCGGUUGGGUUGUGGAGUUAAAGGGAUUUUGGAAAUUAUAGGGCACAAGUGGUUCAAACCGAUCAAUUGGAAGAAGUUAGAUGCACGUGAAAUCAAACCCAACUUUAGGCCAGAAGUAGUUGGGAAGUAUUGUGUUGCAAACUUUGAUAAGUGCUGGAUUGAUAUGUCUGUUGUUGAUUCCUCAGCUGCAAGCCCAAAUGAUGGAAACCCCUUCAAGGACUUCUCUUAUGUCAGACCUGCAACCUCUUUUCUUCAAAAUAAUAGCCCUGCUUGCUAA